CGCUUCUCGACGACCGUCUCGGCUGCUCUCAGCUUGGGGCUGAAGAAGAUAUAUCAGAGUCAACCACUCACUCACCAACAACCAGGACAAUAAUUAUUCUCAACUCCAAAUACGCAACUGUCCUUUAGCUACUACGCCGGCUGGUUCUUCCCCUGGCAGUUCUGACCACGACCACCACAACCACCACGACCACCACGACCAACCACCCCCUCAGGCCACGGUCUCAAGGGAAAGGAGAAUAGGAAAAGGACAUCGACAGACCGGAAAGUAGAACGAGAUGGGCGCGGUUGAUAUCAUCGUCGAGCAGCCCGGCGUCAUCGUCCUCGGUGCCGCUGCUGCGCUCACCCUAUACGUGAUAUGGUGCUGUAUCUACAGUCUGUACUUCCAUCCCCUGGCCCGGUUUCCCGGCCCAUUCCUCGCCAGAAUCUCUCCUAUCUAUAGCAUCUAUGGCUUGUUCCGAGGACGAUGGCCUUUCGACGUCCAUCAGCUCCACCUCAAGUAUGGACCCAUCGUCCGGACAAUGCCCAAUGAGUUGGCCUUCAUCGAUCCCGAGGCCUGGAAGGACAUCUACGGUCACCGUCAGGGCCACCCUCAAUUCCACAAAGAUCCCAUUCACGUCGGCUCAGUGCAAGAUCUCGAAGGUGCCACGACCUUGACUAUGGCCGACGACGCCAACCACGCCCGCCAGCGUCGGGUGCUCUCGCAUGCCUUCAGCCAAAAGGCCCUCCUUGAGCAGGAGAGCAUCAUCCGGGGCUACGUCGACCUCCUCAUCACGCAGCUCAAGCCGUUCGCCGCCAGUGGUUCCCCUGUGAACAUGUGCGACUGGUUCAACUUUACCACCUUCGACAUCAUCGGCGACAUGGCCUUCGGCGAGCCUUUCGGAUGUCUCAAGGAUGGCAAAUUCCACAGCUGGGUCUCUCUCAUCACCGAAACCAUCAAGGCGGGCGCUUACGAGCAGGCCACUCGCCGCAUGUUCAAGACCGGAACCUUGCCGCAGAGGCUUCUCCUGAAACUGAUCCCCGAAAGCCUCCGUCGGAAGCGGUUCGAGCACUUGGAGUUGAGCAAAGAGAAGUGCCUCAAGCGCGUCGAUGAAGGUCUCCGUCGCGAGCAUCGUGACUUCCUCUACUACAUCCUCCGACAGAACGAAAAGGGCGGCGUCCACAUCAACGAGAUCAUCCUCAACUCGGCCCUCUUCAUCGUCGCCGGCUCCGAGACCACCGCCAGUCUCCUCAGCGGCCUCCUCCUGCACCUCCUCCGCACGCCGCACGUCUACGCCCGCCUGACCGCCGAGAUCCGCGACACCUUCACCUCGGCCGCGAACAUGAAGUUCCUCGACCUGCAGGAGAUGACCUACAUGAACGCCUGCAUCGACGAGGCCCUGCGCAUCUUCCCCCCCGUCCCCACCGGCCUGACCCGCACCGUCCCGGCCCACGGCGACACCGUCGCCGGCGAGUUCCUCCCCGGCGGCACCACCGUCUCCGUCUACGCCUGGGCCGCCACCCACUCCCCGCGCAACUUCACCCGCCCGGACGAGUUCAUCCCCGAGCGCUGGCUCGACUCGGCCUACGACGCCGACAAGAAGGACGCCAGCCAGGCCUUCUCCCUGGGCCCCCGCGGCUGCAUCGGGAAGCACCUCAGCUACCUCGAGCUCCGCCUCAUCCUCGCGAACCUCCUCUGGUACUUCGACAUCGAGAAGCUCCCCCCCGGCCCCGGCGAGGAGGACCUGUGGGACGUCUCGGGCGACCUGCAUCACGUCAAGGCUUUCAACACCUGGAACAAGCCUCCUCUGAUGGUCAAGCUGACUCCCGUGAAGCGGUAGACGGUCCGGCUGAAUAGAUAGAUAACUGGCCACAGACGUUUUACGAAGCAUUGAAUCAAAUAAAAUAAAAAGGGGGCAAAUAAAGCAAGAAGAAAAGUCU